GACGUCAUCGGUGUUGAAACAGAGUGAUCAUUCGUUGUCGUUAUGUGAAAGAAGACACAAAGUUGUAACCGUUACUUUCCGGAAAUAAUUUCUGUGUUAAGGGUUUUGACUGUUUAUUAAGCAACGUAUUAUAUUGUGUACUUGAUGGUUAAUAAUUUAUUCAACUAAUCGUCUCUGUUUGUCUAAGGUCAUCUUGAUCUUGAAAAUCCACACACAAAAAUGGCUACCGACGUUCAUGACACAAUUGAACACACGAAAGUUGCAAUUAUUGGCGCAGGGAUCUCUGGAAUUUCUGCAGCAGAACAGCUGACAAACAAUGGAUUUACUGACUUCAAAAUUUUGGAAGCCACAGAUAGAAUCGGUGGUAGAAUUUGGACUAAAGAUAUUGAAGGCCAAGACCUACGUGUUGAAAUGGGAGCAAACUGGAUCCAUGGUAUCGAGAGAAACCCAAUCUUUACUAUUGCUCAUGAAAAUGGCUUAUUACAGUUGCGAUAUAAAGACAAAGGGCUGAGACACAGGAACGUGUUUUUGACAGAAAAUGGAGAAGAGGUGCCGGCAAAGGUCGUUAAAGAAUGUGAUUUUACUUAUGGUCUACUUAUCCAGCAAUGUGAGGAAUUUUAUCAAAUGGGUAUGCCCACACCAUAUGAAUGUGAAAGUGUUGGUGAUUACAUGAAAUGUGAAAUUGAUGAAAAACUUGAAAACUAUUCCGAAUCGGAGAAAAGGCUACGACAAAUGAUUUUUGCACAGCAUCUUAAACAAGAGACUGUGGUGUCCGGAUGUAAUGAUUUAGGCGACGUUGCACUUAGUGAAUUUGGAUGUUACGAAGAGUUGCCCGGCGUGCAUUAUACAAUUCCUCCUGGCUUUCAGUCCGUGUUGGACAUCCUUUUAAGUAAAGUACCUGAAAACAACAUUGAGUUGAAACAUGCAGUAAAGUGUAUACACUGGGGUAAGAAUGAUAACGACAGUAAAAUUAUGAUUGAAUGUGAAAAUGGUAAGAAAAUCUAUGCCGACCAUGUGAUUACGACAAUGUCAUUGGGUGUGCUCAAGAGAGCAAAAAAGGAAAAACUGUUCAAUCCCCCACUUCCUAAAGACAAAGAAGAGUCUAUUGAGAAACUUGGUUUUGGUGUUGUGGAUAGGGUUAAUCUAUGUUUUGAGGAUCCUAUAGUGGAUCCAGAUGUGUUUAGGAUAGAGUUAUUGUGGGAUGACAAACGAUACCAAGAAGAACAAAGAAAUCCAGACCUUGCAAAUUCCUGGUACCGCAAGAUGUACUCAUUUGAAGUAGUGGAUUCAAACGUACUUUCAGGCUGGGUAUGUGGAAAGGAAGCCUUGUAUAUGGAAUCAUUAUCAGAAGAGCAGAUUGCUCAGGAUUGUCAGAAAGUUCUGAAGGGAUUCCUGAAGAAAGACAUUCCACUGCCCUCAAAAACUAUCAUUACACGAUGGGGUAACAGCAAAAGUACGCGGGGCUCAUACUGUUACAUUCAAGUUGGGUCCACUGUUGGAGAUGUGGAAAUUUUAGGGGAGCCAAUAACUGAUAGCAAUGGCAAGCCUGUGAUACAGUUUGCAGGGGAAGCAACUCACCCGUCCUUCUACUCUACGACCCAUGGGGCCUUGCUGACGGGACACAGAGAGGCGAAACGUAUACUAGACCUCUACAAUGUACAGAAUUCUAUAUGAGGGUGACAGAUGAAUAGGGUCCUGACAGACAGAAAUUGGCUGAUUUGUUGAUGUACAUUUCAUGAAACAUUGUGUCUUAACUUAUUUUGAGUACUGUAGAACAAACACUAAUACUGUUAUGCGCAAUAUUGAAGUGACUGGUGUUUUUGUCACUAUUUAGUUGAAAAGAGUUUUAAUAGGAACUUCUGUUGGUAGUUUACUUUGACCUAACUUAAUGCAUGUUUUUCUUACUACACUUUGCCAAGUUUUUUGUUAUUUGGCUGCUUUGGAUGAUAAUAAUUCAGAUACUGGGCCUUACAAAUCUUUGAUAUGCAGGGUUAUCACAUCAAAGAAUGCUAAAGACUCCAGAAAAAAACAACAACAAAAAACACUUUAUUAUCGGCAAUGCUCUGUUUAAAUACAUUGGAUAUCCUUAUUCUGUGGGUUUUUCAAUUACAAAUUUAAAUUAAAUGAGAUUAAAGUUAUUUAUGAGCAAAUUCUAUUGUUGUUUUUUAAAUGAAUGGUUUUUAGUUUAGAAGAACUGUAACAAAAUAGUAAAAUAUUUCUACUCCAUAAAUUUUUAUAACUUUCAGUCUUAAAUGCUGUUUUUUUAUGCCCCCAAAGGGAGGCAUAUUAGUUUUCAACUGUCCAUCCGUCCGUUCGUUCGUUUGUUAGUUCGUUCGUCACAACAUUAACUUUUUGCAUGAAGUCACUUUACUCGCGAACCACUGCACCCAGGACCUUCAAACUUCACAUGCUGAUAGUACUUAUUGAGUACACGACCCCUACUGACUUUGGGGUCACCAGGUCAUAGGUCAAGGUCACCAGGUCGAAGGUCAAGGUGCUGUGGGGGCAUUUGUCACCAUUAGUGACAGCUCUUGUUUGUUAAUAAAUGCACAUCUUAAAUAUUUAUUACCUUUGUUAAAUGGCAAGUUAUGUGGUUAUUUACUGUUAAGUAUUGAAAGGAAAGCUUUAAAUGUAUAGAUGACUAAUGAGUGAUGAGCUUAGAAAAAAAGUAUCAUGAGAUUGCCUCAUGCAUAAAUUAGCCAUAUGAGUUAUAUCUGAAAUUGCUGGAAAAGAAAAUAUGCUGACAGAUUUUAGAUUUACUGAACUUUCAGACAGAUGUUUUUUAUAAUUCUGCAUAAUUUUAUGUCAGUAUUGCAGAUUUAUUUAGGUUGUGGGCAUUCAGAAAUGAGACCACGUCAGCUCUCCUGUGUUAAUUAUUUAAUACUGUAUGUAUACUUUAAGUUGUAUGUAACUCUAAAAAUGCUUCAGUUUAAGAUAGUUGCACCUAUAAUGACAAUCACCAAUUUCGGUUCAGUUAUGUUUUUUCCGUAUGUGAUUUUGGCACUCUCCGUUUGCUAUAGAAACCAUUGUUAAUAUGAGCUACAAUGCCGAAAUAACAGAAAAGAGUACGAAGUUGCACGGGAGUUGCAGAUUAGCAUUACCUGACCACUGCCUUAAUGUGUCAACUGUUUGUAUUAUUUCACUUUACUCACAGUUUGAAAAUCUUUUCAGUGAGUAAUCAUAUGACUUACCUCCCUUGCAAUCGGGUCCUGUUUUUUGCUUUUGUAAAUUUAGAUCUUUACAUACAUUUUAUUUGUUGUUAACUGGUUGUUAAAGAUUCAGUUGUGACGCAAAAUAGAUUUUAGACCUCUUAGAGGGCUUUAGAAUGAACUACUUCAUGCAAAAUAGGUACCUCUCUGUAUUUAAAGGAAAGAUUCAAUUUAUGAAGAUUUUAUUUCUUCAUUUUAUCAGUUUGAUAAUUUUGCAUUGCUCUCAAAAAUUAAAGGGGCAUGCAAUCAGACUGUACGUCAGAUUUUUUGAGAAUUUUACCAGAGAUUUUUUUACGUAAAAAUUGUAAAUAAAAAGUAAAAAGUAAAGUUAUUCAGUGAUUUCUUGGCUGUAUUUUUAAAAAUCACUCAUGUAUUCUGUAAAAUGAGUAGAAAAGUUGUUUAAAGCAAAUAUAAAAAUGUAUCACCUUAAAAACAUUUGAUUUUUGAUAUAAGAAUAUUAGUUCAGUGUUGCUAUCAUUGUACCCCCCGACAACAAAGUUGUAAGGGGGGGUAUACUGGUUUCAGAUUGUAUGUUUGUCUGUCUGUCGGUCUGUCCGUCUGUCCGUAGACGCAAUCUUGUGCGCACCAUCUCUCCUUAUCCCCUUGACAGAAUUUAAUGAAACUUCGCACAAGUGAUCAGUACCAACAGUAGUUGUGCAUGGGGCAUGUUAGGUUCUUUUAGAAAAAAAUUUUGCAGAGUUAUGGGACUUUGUUUUUUUGUUACUAUACUAUAUACAUAGACACAAUCUUGUGCGCACCAUCUCUCCUCAUCCCCUUGACACAAUAUAAUGAAACUUCACACAAGUGAUCAGUAACAACAGUAGUUGUGCAUGGGGCAUGUUAGGUUCUUUCAGAAAAAAAAAUUGCAGAGUUAUGGGACUUUGUUUUUUUGUUACUUUACUAUAUACAUAGACACAAUCUUGUGCGCACCAUCUCUCCUCAUCCCCUUGACACAAUUUAAUGAAACUUCACACAAGUGAUCAGUAACAACAGUAGUUGUGCAUGGGGCAUGUUAGGUUCUUUCAGCGACAGAAAUUGCAGAGUUAUGGGACUUUGUUUCUUGUUAACAUACUAUGUACAUACAGUCUGCAUAUGCAAUCUUGUGCGUGCCUAAUCUACCAAACCCUUACACACAAUUUAAUGAAACUUCACACAAGUGAUCAGUACCAACCCUAGUUGUGCAUGGUGCAUGUUACAUUCUUUUAGAUAAAUAUUCUGCAUAGUUAUGGGACUUUGUUUUUUGUUACUAUACUGUAUACAUACAGUCUAUGUACAUACAGUCCACAUAAUUAUGCAAUCUUGUGUGCGUCAAAUUGCAAUGUACUGUGUCAGUGCAUGCGGGGGGUACAUUCAUCACCUUUAGUGAUAGCUCUAGUUUGUUUUGUUUUUACCUUUUAACUAAAAAUUUUGUUUUUCAUUGGGUGCUACUCCCCUUAAGUUUUGUUUUAGGUAGAAACCUCAAUUUUGAAUUUAGAGGAAAAAGAUUGCAAACAAAUAUCUCUUUUCCUUUUAUGAUUUUUAUUAUCUAGAAAAAGUAAGAAAGAUUUUAUAGUAUUUUGUUGAAGUGAGUUUAAAGAAGUCUUUUCAAGUUUUAUUAACAGCAUGUUUCUUACUUAUGUACAAUAAGCAGAAAACAGGUAUAAUUUUUAGCAAGAAAAUCUCAUGCUGCCUAAAAGUGCUGCUUUUAUAAUUAUGCAAAUUAGUUUUGAACAUAUAUAUAUGGAAAUUGCAUACCUUUUAUUUGUAUCUGUUUGGAAAUGAUAUUUUUUUUCAACGUACUGCUGCAUAGAACUAUGGUUUCUGAUUAUAAUGCUGCUUUACUCUGUCGGUGUGAUAAUGAAAUACUGGUUAAGUCUUGAAGUUUAAUACAGUCAUUGAUUGAUUGGUUGAAAAGUUAAUUUUUUGUUACAUCAUUAUUCUAUAUUGCUGUUUUUCUUUAUCAUUCUGUUUUAAUAAAUGUGUUGAUAUUUUCUGUACUGUUUUGUAACGCAAGAAAAAUAUGUUUGUGGUUUUUUUUGCGAAAGGUUAUAGAACAUGUAGAUAAUGUUGUUGGAAAAUUUUAAGAGUAGAAAGCUUUUGGAAAAUUUAAAACAGCUGGUUGUCAGAUUGUUGGUAAAAAAAACCUGGAAUGUCCACAAUUUUAUAUACAAUUAUGCAAGAAGCAAAAACUGAUCAAUAUUCAAAUGUUCAUGCUAAAAUUUUCUUAUGACUUUUGUUCAUAAUUCAGUAAUUUGAAACAUAGAUAUGUACUAACUUGAUUUUGUACAAAGUAUGCAAGUCCAGUCAAAAAAUUAUGUUAAUUUCAUUUUUACAACAUAUCUGUGAAGGAGCUGCUUUAAAUUCACUGAUGUUCAUCUUAUUCAGGUUUAACUUCACUUCAGUAUUCAUAAAAUAGCAUUUCAUUUUUCAAACCAGUGAAAUCCUUCCAUUCCAUGUAAAAUAUAUUCUGAUUGGCUGAUUAGUUUGUAUAAUAUAUUCUGAUUGGCUGAUGAGUAGAAUCUAGUUUAUAUGUAUGUAGGCUGUAAAAAAUCAUUGAAAUAGCUUUCUGUUGCCCUAUGGACUCAUUCCUGCUGAGCAUAGUGAUGUGCUGAGGACUCUGUCAGUGGCCCUGUGGACACAAUUUUUACUUUUCUUUGAUAAUUUAUUUUAAAGAAUGAAUUUAGCAUCUCACUAUCUGUAUAAUGAGACUCAAAAAUCUGUUUGCACAAUUCAUUUAAAUGCUUGCCAUCAGCACAAAAGAGGCUAAGAAUUGACACAUCUCCCUUCCUUGCCUCACAAGUUAUAUUUUGAUAUAUUGGGAAAAUCUUUUUAAAAAAUGAAAAAAAUCAGAGGCAGGGAAAGUAAAUGUUGGAUUUCAACAGUCAUUUUAUUUUUGUUUUUGGCAAUCAAAUUGGCCCCCUUAUUCACUGACUAGCUGAUAUGGAGUACAACUUUAAUACUUACAAUAUUGGCAUAUGGUUCAAUUAUAUCAUAACUGUGAUUGACACAAUUUUAUUUUAUUGAAUUGAUUGAAUGUAUGCAAUAUCAUUAAUCAUUUUGAUGUGACUUUGAAAUUUUAUAAAUUACAUUUAUUAUCCAUAUUUGUGAAUUUGAAUAUUGCUUUUGUAACCCAUGCAAGAAAUGUUUUUAGAUAAUGUAGUGUUAAUGUUAGAUAUUUUAUGUAAUGAACUGGUAUGUAUUCGUUCAGUAACUGAUAUUUUUAAAAAAAAAACUUGCCUUUUAAUUUCAUUUGAUUUUAUCUGGAGUAAAUGUGCCAUUAGAAAGUGUUUAUCAGUGAAUGUAAUUAAGAUCCACCUCAUCCCUACUAAGCAAAUACCAAAAUCAAAAAUAUAGUGGAACCUGUUGGUAAAGAUUGAGACCACAUUUUCAAAUAUGAAACAUGAUCUUUUUUUAACAGGUGGUCUCUUAUAGCAGGUGACCUUUCAAAGCAGGUGACUGUUAAUGGUGGGGGACUGUUCAGUGCAGGUGACUGUUGAAGGCAGGUGAUAUACUUAGGAAUUUUACUCAGAGGUGGUUUUUGGUACUUGUAUGACAGUAUAGAAAGCAUGUUAUAUUAUUGUAUGUGUGUAUGUUAAUAAUAUAACUUCGCAUUGGCUUGUUAGGUUUUUGUCUAAUUAGUAAAAGUUAAGUGGUAACGUCCGUUUAAUGCAAACAUAAACAGUAAUGGGGAUAAUGGAAGGAAAAUUGUGCUUAUACUGUUACCAACAGUUAUAAAGCAUUAAUUAAGCCUCAGAAUUUAAUGUUAGACAAUAUUUAUUAUCAUUUUAAAAGCAUAUCAGAAUUUAUUUUUAGUUAGAAGAGUUUAAUUUAUGACAUAGUGCUAUUUUUUAUCCUCUAAGCAUAAUACCUUAUUGCAUCAUUUUAAUUGUUUCCUACUUUGUUUCAGAAAUAGCAUUAAAAGGAAGUAAAGAUAAACAUACCUAAUAGCUCAAGAAAUAAUCAUUUGAAAUUGUUGAAUGAUGGUUUCAGUAUAUAUCAAUGAAUAAUGAUUUGGGUCGAAAUCAUGUAGUUAAGCAUCCUGUUUGGGGCCUGCUUGGCUGAGUGGUAAAGGUUUCUGACACACUUUUGCCCCCCCACCACCUCUGCGGGUUACAGUGCUACUCCAUAUGAGGAGGCUGUUCAGCUUCAGGCUCAUAGAACAAACAACUUCCUGUUAUGAAACUUUCUUAUUGGCCUCAUAAGUAAAUCAGCUGAGAUAUUGCUAGGUAAAAAUUAUAAACGGGUUUUAAUUUAUUUCACAAUUUCAUCAAAACGUCUGUUUUUCAUUUCUGUAGUGUAAUCAUUUCUAAACAAGCUCUAAAUUGAAGUCAAUUAAUAUAAGAGAAAGCUGUGAAUGUUGCAGACAGUAAACAGAUUUCAGGCGUUUCUCGACGAAAUUUAACUUAAACACAAACAAACGGUAACAUGUAUAUGUGGGAAAAUGGUUUCAUUUCUUUUAUCAUGCUCAUUUUAUGUAUAUAAGCAUUUUGCAAUUUAAUAACUAAAUUUUUGCUGUCGUCGUUAACAUUUAAGGUGAUGGCCUUGAUAAUAAGUAUGUGAAAAAAAGUACAGACUGUCCCCCUUUCUUUUGAUAUAUUUGAAAUUUAUGCAAAUGUACAUUUUAUCGCUACUUGAAGGAUGAAACAUGUAAUUUUGAUGAUAUCUGUACAUGUGAAAAUGUUAAUCACAGUGCUGAUUAUAUAAAAAAAAUUAUAUUGUAUACCUGUAAACAGUACAAACGUAUUAAUCAUUUCUCAGGUGAAUAAGAUAGAAGAGUAACUUUGUAGAAAAAUAAUUUAUCAUAUUUGGUCAAAAUGACAUUUGCUCAAAACUGGUUUAACAAUAUACAAAUGUGGUAUCGUAGACAGUAAAGGAAUAGUUCAGUGUUGAUUUACCAUUACAUGCAAUGAAAUAAGUCAGUAAUGAGAUAAAAACAUUUGUUGAUAUUUGUUUUCUUAGCAUAAUAUUAAAAAAAAACUGGUUUUUAAUAGCAUUAAUUUAUAUGCAAUAUUUGCAACAAAGGCACUCUUCUAUCUUAGUAUAAAAUAUGUAAUAUAGAGAACUGUUAGCUGUUGUUGGUGAGAAUGGGUAAAAAAAAUAUGUGAAAUUCUUACGGAAUCUCGAUUAUUAUGUAAUGUAGCUAGAACUAAUAUAUUGUGUAUAGUGGUUUACUAUUACUGAUUUUUUUAUGUUACAUAUUUUAUUCCGACAGUUAUGUAUUUUUAUUUGUUCUUUUAUGUAGUAACAAGGCAGUUUUUGUAUUAUAAUUGCCUAUGAACAUGAACUCAAGAACUAACAUGCUCAUUUUAAUCAGAAAAUCACUUGCCAAUAUAACACUUUACAGGUUAUGUUUAUUUCAUUAAUCAAACAUGUUAAUAUUUUUGCCUUUUCUUUUAUGUUCUGUAACAUAUGUCACAGUUAUUUAUAGAAAAAGUGUGAUUUUCUUGCAUCUAUUUCUUCCUUAUUGACAAGUCGGGAUAGUUGUUGCCAUGACAACAGAAUUGGCAUCAGUAAAUCUUGAUGUUUUUUCUUUAGAGUAGAAUUUUCAGAACACUUUUUUCUAAUUUUAAGAAAACUGUUCCAGAAUUCUGAAAUAUAAUGUUAUGUAAUAUCUUGGUGCACAAAUCUCUAUAAUGAGCAGAUAUAUUUCUAUAGAUAUCAAAAUGAGGCUUAUCUGUGUCUAAAAUUAGAAUUUCAAAUGUGUGCAAUACAUCCUGCUCUGGCAAUAAAUCAGUAAAUUUUUGUUAAAUUAUGCAAAGCGUAGAACUUUAAGUGUAUGUUACAAAAUAAUUGAUCAGAUACAAUGCAAAUAAAAUGUGUUGUCUUUUAAAGUCAAACUGCGUUUAAAUUGUACUGCUGAUCAAGUUAUUCAUGCAAAGUUUCCUGGAAAUAUUUUAAAAUUUUGAAGGUUAUUCUAGAAAAUUGUAUUUAAAAUAACCUCUUACUUGUAUGAUAGAAUGAAAGUGUAUCAAAUACUCAUAUUUUUUGCACUCCUAUAAUUGUGCAUGCUACAAAAAGGCAAAAACAUUUAACAAUAAAAUAUGCACCAAAGAGUAUAUUACAAUUUCACACAGAUUUUGUGUUUUGUACAUUUUCUGUUAGCAAGAAAUUUGAAUAAGAAAUAAUGAGGGAUAUUUCUGACAUUAGUAAAAUGAUGUGUAUAAUUGACUUGGUAUUGAUAUACUAUCUACCGGGUAAAGUUAAAAAAGAACAGUAACUCCGGAAAUGAAUUUAGACACAAAGUGAAAUAGACACCACUCUCUUAUUUACAUUUUUUAUGCCGAUCUUGUUAUCAUAAUGUUUUCUGACUGAAGUACUUGAUUUUCCUAAAUGUUAAACUGAAGGCGACCCAUUCAGAUCUAUUUUUAUUUCCACCAAUCUGUUUUUAUUUGAACCAAUCAGAUAAUCUAAAACUGUAAUGCCAGGCUAAAUAUAGAUUUUUUCUUACUUCUACUUUCACUUUCAAAAUGUUGAUAGGCUAGCGGAAAAGUCAUCUGAAUGUGACCACCUAUCGGUUGUCUUCAGAUCCUGUGCAUAGUAUUAUAAGGAAAUGAUUUUAAUCAUAUUGAUCAUAAUGUUACAUGAAAGAGCAUUCAUUUUUCCCAAAAAAGGCAAUGAACCUUAAUUGCUGAAAAUUUGUUAUUGGUGUGCAAUGCCCUUCAUCUGUGUAUAUUCUUUUUUACUUGUGUACACAAAUUAAUAAAUAAAAAAUAUAAGGGGGCCUCCGUGUACGAGUGGUUAAGGUCUCCGACUUCAAAUCACUUGCCCCUCAUUGAUGUAGGUUCAAGCCUCACUCGGGGUAGAAUUCUUCAUGUGAGGAAGUCAUCCAAGCUGGCUUACGAAAGGUCGGUGAUUCUACCCAGGUGCCCGCCCUUGAUGAAAUAAAGCACGGAGGGGCACCUGGGGUCUUCCUCCACCAUCAAAGCUGGAGAGUCACCAUUAUGACCUAUAAUUGUGUUGGUGCGACGUUAAACCCAACAAAACAAACAAAAAAUACACUUUCUGUGAUACUCAAGAGUUGUCAGGAUAUAUUUUUUGAAGACUUCGGUCUCAAAUGUGCUAUCAGUUUACUGCUUAAUGCUAUCCAUUUGAAUGAAUCCAAAUGUUCUACAGAACUAGUACUCCAGUAAGUUCAUUCCUAGCCCCACUACAGAUCUGUCAUUCACAAAAAAAUGCACAGACAUUAUCAUCUGUAGGUCUGCACUGAGGCAAUAAUGGGUUUGUAUAUAUGUGCACACAUUUUUCAACAAUUGUUUCAUAAUCUAUGAAAUUUUUAUUGAAAAUUUUAAUCAGAUUUUUAAAAAAAAAACAUUUGUUUGUUAUCAAAGGGAGAUAAUUACUUGAUAUGGGUUCUUUUAAACAUUUAUACACAUGUAACAGGUUUUCUCCUUUUAUUAUAUCCAGUUCAGUUACAAUCAGCUGUUUGUAUUAAUUUUGAAAGUUGAGUGUCAAGCUUGUUCACAGUUAUGUUGUAUUAUUGUACUUGGAUAGAAGUAAGAAAUAAAGUAUGUACACUUGUUUUA